UGGAGACUCACCCAACGCAGUCUGGCUCCCACCUCACACACGCUCACAUCAUGAGGAAUCUGGUUGUUUUGGCAGUGAUAGGCGUGUGUUCGGCCGGUUAUCAGGCCUACAACCCCGGCUAUCAGGCCUACAACCCCGGCUUCGGCUAUGGUGUCCAGCCCAAGUAUGUCGGCCCCGUGGCUGCCACCAUCCCCGCCGGCAUCGGCGGCAAGGUCAUCCCCGUCUCAGACACCUACGAAGUCGCUGCCGCUAAAGAUGACUUCUACAAGGCCUACAACAAGCAGCUGAAUACUCUGGAUAUUAUCCGCUCCAGUCGUUAUGGCACCCCUGGCUACGCCCCCGCUCUCCCUGUCCACAAGGCCCCUGUGGCUCCCAUCUUCGCCUCCACCGGCUCCUACGGUGCCCCGGCUGUCUCCUACGGUGCUCCAUCUGUUUCCUACGGUGCCCCAGCUGUCGCCUACGGUGCCCCGGCUGUCGCCUACGGUGCCCCCAUCGGCUCCUACGGCUACCACGGUCCCCCCACCCAGGUCCACGACACUCCUGAGGUGGUCGCCGCCAAGGCUGAGUUCUUCAAGCUCUACAACAAGCAGGCAGCAGCGGCAGCCGCGGCACCGGACCUCUACACCUACCACUGGGAGAGAGGAGUAUAUAUAGCGGGUCUGGAGCCACACCCAACACAGUCUGGCUCCCACCUCACAUACCCACACAUCAUGAGGGCUCUGGUUGUUUUGGCAGUGAUAGGCGUGUGUUCGGCCGGCUAUCAGGCCUACAACCCCGGCUAUCAGGCCUACAACCCCGGCUUCGGCUACGGUGUCCAGCCCAAGUAUGUCGGCCCCGUGGCUGCCACCAUCCCCGCCGGCAUCGGCGGCAAGGUCAUCCCCGUCUCAGACACCUACGAAGUCGCUGCUGCUAAAGAUGACUUCUACAAGGCCUACAACAAGCAGCUGAAUACUCUGGAUAUUAUCCGCUCCAGUCGUUAUGGCACCCCUGGCUACGCCCCCGCUCUCCCUGUCCACAAGGCCCCUGUGGCUCCCAUCUUCGCCUCCACCGGCUCCUACGGUGCCCCGGCUGUCUCCUACGGUGCCCCGGCUGUCGCCUACGGUGCCCCCGUCGGCUCCUACGGCUACCACGGUCCCCCCACCCAGGUCCACGACACUCCCGAGGUGGUCGCCGCCAAGGCUGAGUUCUUCAAGCUCUACAACAAGCAGGCAGCAGCGGCAGCCGCGGCACCUGACCUCUACACCUACCACUAAGCCCCACUAACACUUGCCACUGAUCCCGAACGAUCUACUUAAGGCAUCAAGGACUUGGAAAAAAUAUCUGAAUAAUAAAGCAUAAACAAUUC